AUGGGUACCAAGAUGCCUGAACUUCCACGAGACAUCUGGUUGAACGUGAUGUCAAUGGUGCUCAAUUCCAAAAACUCUACCUUGGCCGACCUGGCGAAGUGCAUGGCUUUUCCGAGCACCAGAAAUCUCUUCUAUCUCAAGUCUGUGGAAAUUGAGGGCACACCGAACCCCGAAACCGUCAUGAUUGGCCUGAACGGUCAGGCGCUUUUGGAGGUCCAUCACACCAGGAUCUUUGAUGCUUAUCAAAUCUUGGAAACCUUUCUGCCCACGACGGCGACCUUGAAGAUCUCCAAUUUCAAAAAGGAGGUCCACUGGGCCAGCCUUCUCUAUUGGAUCUGCGAUAUGGAAUUAAUUAAUCAAGUCACUAUAUCGGACUCCCAACUAACUGAAGCCAUUACUGCUCCGAUCUCGCAGUGCAAUGCAACCGCCGUGAAUUUUGUGCGCUGCUCGUCCAAGGACGACUUUUUUGAUCAGAUGUUCUGGAACCCACCCCGUAUGGCUAUUACUGACUGUGAUCCGGAGACGAUGUGUCAUCUUGUUGAGCGCACCGUAAUCUACGGAGGGCAGAUGAGCGAUCUCACGCUGAAGAUCUCAAAAGAAAGGCUGACGAUCCAGGAGUUCUUGUUGUCAUUGAAACGUGAUGCUGCUGCUACAAGAGUCAAUCGCUUGUAUUGGGAGCGUCUGUUUGACUUGCUCUCCGAAAGAUCCGAUAUUGCCUUGGUUCUCCAGUUCGACCAGGCUGCCGAGGAUCAAAUCAUUAUUGCUGAGCUCUUGGUGCGCAGCGGGAUGCUGACUCUGUGCGAGUAUUUCGACUUGUUUACGAAGCUGCUGGACGACUGCCGUCUCGUCUUCGGCGUCACCUACGGGCGACUGAACAACGUGCACCGCUUAUUCUUGCAAGAGGAAUUCGCCGCCGUGCUCGCCGCGCGUCAGAAGCAUCGUCUCGGCCUGUCACUGAGCCCGCUGAUGGGACCAUGGAAUUCGUCUAAUUCUGACAGCGGCUUCGACUCUUGCUCGGACAGUGUGCCAUCUUCGCCCUCCUCUUCGGACACCGGGAUCCAAAUG